AUGAUUUUGGUUUUUUUUGCCUCUUCCCUUCCCAAGCCAUUUAUGACAACCCUGAGGAAUUCCAGCUGGAGGCUGAUCCAGCCAUCCUUCUUCCUGAUCGGCAUCCCAGGUUUAGAGGAAAGCCAGCACUGGAUAGCACUCCUGCUGUGUGUCCUUUACCUUCUUGCCCUCCUGGGCAAUGUCACCAUCCUCCUCACCAUCUGGACUGACCCAUCCUUGCACCAGCCUAUGUACCUCUUUCUGGCCAUGCUCUCUGGCAUUGACCUGGUCCUAGCCUCCUCCACUGCACCCAAAACCCUUGCAGUGCUCCUGGUUCACGCCCAUGAGAUUGGGUACACCGUCUGUCUGAUCCAGAUGUUCUUCAUCCACGCGUUCUCUUCCAUGGAGUCGGGUGUACUUGUGGCCAUGGCUCUGGAUCGCUAUGUAGCCAUUUGUCACCCUCUGCACCAUUCUACCAUCCUGCAUCCCAGGGUCAUAGGGCGCAUUGGGAUGGCGGUGCUGGUGCGGGGGAUACUCCUCCUCCUCCCCUUCCCCAUCUUGUUGAGGAGACUUGUCUUCUGCCAGGCCACUGUCAUAGGCCAUGCUUACUGUGAACACAUGGCCGUGGUAAAACUCGCCUGCUCAGAAAGCACAGUGAACCGAGCCUAUGGGCUGGCGGUGGCACUGCUUGUGGUUGGCCUAGAUGUCCUGGCCGUUGGCGUUUCCUAUGCCCUCAUCCUGCAGGCAGUGCUGAAGGUACCAGGGGGUGAGGCCCGGCUUAAGGCCUUUAGCACAUGUGGAUCUCAUAUUUGUGUCAUCCUGGUCUUCUACGUGCCUGGAAUGUUCUCUUUCCUCACUCACCGCUUUGGCCAGCAGGUGCCCCAUCACGUCCAUGUUCUUCUGGCCACACUCUACCUCCUGGUGCCACCUGCACUCAAUCCUCUGGUCUAUGGGGUGAAGACUCAGCAGAUCCGCCAGCGAGUACUCAGGGUGUUUGACAUAAAAGGACAGAUCUGA